GAAGUCUGGGUUUAAGAACAAAGGAUCCCCAACUGGCUAAGCCAGCCCGGCCCGUCAUUUGAUUAGGUCUCAUUGUGAAAUUCCCGCUAUAGAAAUGUAGAAAAAGGACGCGCACUCGCGCAAGCUAUAAAUAAAGCUGGCUGUUUUACGCCAUGAUAAGGAAGAGAACAAACGAUAGGAGCACCAAGCGCCAGCAACCAUCAAGCCUAUGGCAAAAUUGCACCAACCUUCGUUCUUUAAAGCAAAUCCACGCUUCCCUUAUCAUCAAAGGCUUCAAUUCGAGUUCAUAUGCCUUAAGAGAGCUCAUAUUCGCAAGUGCCAUUGUGAUUCCUGGCACUAUAGAUUAUGCCCACCAACUGUUCGAUCAAGUUGCUGAACCAGACAUCUUUAUGUGGAAUACCAUGAUGAGAGGUUCAUCGCAAAGCCCGAGUCCUAUAAAAGCAGUUUCACUCUACACCCAGAUGGAGAAUUGCGGUAUUAAGCCUGAUAAGUUCACUUUUUCGUUCUUGCUUAAAGCUUGUACUAGGCUUGAAUGGAGGAACAUGGGAUUUUGUAUUCAUGGCAAGGCCCUGAAACAUGGAUUUCAAGAAAAUACAUUUGUGAGAAAUACCCUUGUUUAUUAUCAUGCUAAAUGCGGGGAUUUAGGGAUAGCUAGAGAGAUGUUUGAUGAUUCGGCAAAAAGGGAUGUUGUUGCUUGGUCUGCUUUAACUGCUGGAUAUGCAAGGAGAGGGGAAUUAUGCAUGGCGAGACGGUUGUUCGAUGAAAUGCCAGUGAAAGAUUUGGUUGCUUGGAAUGUGAUAAUUACAGCUUAUGUUAAGAGAGGAGAGAUGGCUUGUGCAAGGAAACUCUUUAAUGAGGUUCCUAGAAGAGAUGUAGUGACUUGGAAUGCGAUGAUUGCAGGGUUUGUGCAUUGUGGGGAGAAUGAGCAAGCAUUGGAGAUGUUUGAAGAGAUGAUAAGUGUGGGAGAGCAGCCAGACGAGGUUACAAUGCUGAGUCUUUUGUCAGCUUGUACAGAUUUGGGAGAUUUGGAAGUUGGUAAGAAAGUGCAUUCUUCAAUUUUGGAAAUGAGUUUAGGAGACUUGAGUGUCUUACUAGGGAAUGCGCUUACAUAUAUGUAUGCUAAAUGCGGGAGCAUUGAAAGGGCACUUGAAGUGUUCAGAGGGAUGAGGGAGAAAGAUGUUACAACAUGGAAUUCAGUUAUAGUAGGGUUGGCUUUGCAUGGCCAUGCUGAGGAGUCGAUCCAUUUAUUUAGAGAGAUGCAGAGGCUGAACAACAUUAAGCCAAAUGAAAUAACUUUUGUUGGGGUGCUAGUUGCUUGUAGCCAUGCUGGCAAAGUUGAAGAGGGGCAGCGAUAUUUUGACCUUAUGACGUAUGGAUAUAAUGUAGAGCCAAAUAUAAGGCAUUAUGGGUGUAUGGUUGAUCUGUUAGGGCGUGCAGGGCUAUUGAAUGAAGCAUUUGAGUUCAUAGAUAAAAUGAAGAUUAAACCUAAUGCUAUAAUUUGGAGGACUCUACUGGGGGCUUGCAGAAUACAUGGAAACAUUGAGCUGGCUAGGCGUGCAAAUGAGAAACUACUUGGUAUGAGAAGGGAUGAGAGUGGUGAUUAUGUGUUACUUUCCAAUAUAUAUGCCUCAAUAGGUGAAUGGGAUGGGGUUGAGAAGGUGAGGAAAUUAAUGGAUGAUAGUGGGGUGAGGAAAGAGCCUGGUUGUAGCCUAAUUGAAACUGAUGAAAGAGUUCUCAUGCAGUUCUUAUUUGUCAAAACACCAGUUAAAUAUGAGAAAUCAGAAAUCAUGAGCUGUAAGAAAUCAUCUCGUGCCUCCCGCAUAUAAAGGAUAUAACUGAACAUUGAACAUGGCUAUAUGAUUACAUCCUGUUAUACUUGUUCAUUUUUGAGAAGGCACUUUUGACCCUUUUCCUUCUGAUAUUGGAAGUAUUUAUAUAUUGUGAUUACUUACUUGAAUAGACUGGCAAACAAGAGUGCCGAGGAUUGGCCUUUCUAACAUU